AUGCCGGGCCAGGAAGAUACGCUGCAGCAGAGAAAAGCCCUCGUGCAGGAACUGUGGCCGCCUCGGCUUGCAGUGAGCCACACUAUCCUGGGAAUGGGCAGUCGCCUUCAACAACUAGAGACUUCAUUGGCGGACACACAAAGAUCCUUGAAACGACUUUUCGAGGGGUCACCGGUUGUCUCACCUCCUUCUUCAAGACACCCGGCCAGUCCAUCGAGGCCCACCCCUCAGUUGACUCCUCAACGACUCCCGGACUCGUUGAAAACACCAGUAUUUACAAGGCCGCUUGGCCGUCUUCUUCUGGUCCAAAAUAAUGAUAAGAGAUGCUUUGGCCCGACAUCGCUCGAGUCACUGAUGCUCAACAUCAAGGAUGAGCUCUUCGAGAGUCCUGAUAUCGAUGGACACACCGUGAAGGAAAGCGUUCUGCAAGCACAGCACAAGAUAGAUCUUCUAGUUAGCCAAGGAGAGGAGGUUCUCACCGGGGAAAAGUCACUGCCGACGAUGCCUCCCUUCGCCAUUUUGGAUGCCAUGAUUGAGCCAUACUUUACCACAACCAACAACCACUUUCCUAUCUGGACAAAGAAAAGGUUCACUCAGAUGGCUACGACCUUGCGGCAUUCGGCCUCAUCCGAACGGGACCUUGCCUCCAUCGUCUGCUGCAACAGCCUCAUUCUCAUGGCCAUGUCAGCGGACUCCCUAUGCUCUCACCAGCGGGAGUCACUGCAAACCAAGCAGACGCGCAAGACUUCGUCAAUUGACUUUGACAUCAUCGCGGGCUUUCUGACCAACGCGAAACGCGGUGUCAACCAUAUUGACCAACUUGUCUCACCUCACCUAAUCAAUGUCCAGGCCCUCUUAUCUCUGCACAUAGUAGCGCAAAUGUACUUCUCUAUAGGUCUAUCCGAGACGCUGUUUGCUCUAGCCACCAGAUGCGCCAAGGCCAUCGGCAUCCACCAAUGGCACUCUUUUCAAGGUCAACUCAGCGCUGAAGACAUCCAAGAAAGGCAGAACAUUUCAUACUGCUUAUACGUUCUCGAUAAGGCCGUUUCCUGGACAGCUGGGUCCUCUCCAAGUAUACCAGUUUCCGAAGUCUAUUUCGACCCAGGCCUGGUGCCUUCUGACAACAGUAUCACAUCCAGCCUUGUUGCAAAAGCCGAGAUGGCCAGAAUCGAAGAGGCCAUCUACUUGGAGAUAUAUGCUGUCCACGUGCAGGCGAGAAACGAAGAUCAAGUCCGAGGAUUCGCAGCCACGAUUUGGUCGAGACUCCAAGGCUGUCUGGCUGACUCGGGAGUUGACCUCGACAAGCUACAGAAAUCCCCGGAAAGCUCCGCCUCGAAUCUCCAGUUGGCCCUCAGAUAUCUUUGUGUUCAGCUGCUAGUCAUUUGGCCCCACAAACACCAUCCCGACCCCAUGUUUCAACGGGCUCUAGAGGUUGCUAGAACGUGUUUGAAACUCUUGCUCCAUCUUUGGCACUCCCCGCCGGAUGAAGGGAGCCAUGCCAUUUUCUCGUUCUUUCUCGCAUCUCUUCCACCACUAUAUCUUUACGAAAUACUGUCAUCCAUCCUCUGUGGUCAGGGGUCCAAUGGUGACGUGGACAUGCUACAAGAAUUUGUUGAGAUGCUUCAGACCAUCACCGACAGCCGAGCAGAAGCGUCAUAUAAUCGACGGCUCUACCAGCUAUCACUUAUUGUCACCGACGUGAUCAAGGCCAGAAAGACUCAGCACAAACGGCAGAAGCCGGCCUCGGAAGGACCGACAAAUGCUUAUUUAAUGUCUGAGCUACUCUCGCCUCCCACAAGUGGUUACAGCUACAUGGAUUCAGAGGUUCCAGAAACCUACGAUUCACGCUUCGACAGUACCGUUUUCCAAGACCCGGAUAGUGCUUUUGCCUCCAUAAGCCCAAUUACCUCGACAACCGGCGAGUUGGCUCGUGGCCCAGAUGAGUUUCUGCCGCACUUGAGGAGCUAUGGGAAGACAGCUCCUGGGAGCGAAAACUUCAAUUCUCUAGCUAUGGAAGCCUUGGGAGAGUCUGUUCUUUUUUGGAAGGGCGUCAAUCAGGUUUAG